AUGUUCUCACAGGUAUUUAUACUCUGGAUCCUACAGAUUCUUAGAGUUUUGUGCAACUUUAACGUUGAUGAGUGCCUUUUAAAAGCUGAAGGGAAACGACACAGUGAAGGAAAUGUGAUGAUUGCUGCAUUUGUUCCUUUUCUUAAUAUUUUCCUGAACGAAAUGAACGAUUAUAUUCAUAAAGAAAAAUUUGACAGCGAGUACAGUUUCAAAGACUACCAGUAUUUGUUGGUCUUCAUAUUUGCCAUUGAGGAGAUAAAUAGGAACCCACAUCUUUUACCCAACACAUCUCUAGGAUUUGAACUUUAUGUUGUACAACGAAGGGAAGAGAAUAUUAUGAUGCAAACUUUGACUUGGCUCACAGGAAUGGGAAUCAACAUUCCAAAUUAUUCCUAUCAAAGGAAGAACAAGGCUGUUGCUGUACUAACAGGAGCAUCCUGGACAACAUCUGCAAAUAUUGGGAGACUGCUGGAUCUCUACAAAUAUCCACAGCUUAGUUUUGGGCCUUUUCACCCAAACCUCAGUGACAGAAGCCAGUUCUCCUCUCUUUACCAGAUAGCAACAAAGGACACAUCACUCGCAUUUGGCAUUGCAUCUUUGAUGAUUCAUUUCAAUUGGACCUGGGUUGGACUCAUCCUCACAGAUAACAGUAAAGGAACACAGAUUCUCUCAGAUGUCAGAAGAGAGAUGGACAGGAAUAGAGUGUGUGUGGCUUUUAUAAAAAUGAUGCCAGAAAUCUUGACAUCCUUUCACUUGAGAUCUGGAGAGACUCUAAAGAUAAUCAUUAAAUCAACCGCAAAAGUUGUUGUUGUUUAUGAUGACACUGGAUCUUAUUAUAUUAAAAUGCUUAGUCUGUUCAUGUGGUUAGUAACAUGGAAAGUAUGGGUCAUGAAUUCACAAUGGGAUAUAGGCAUUGUAGCAAAUUAUUUUCUGUUUGAUCCUUUGCAUGGGUCCCUCUAUUUUGUACAACAUCAUGGCAAGAUACAUGAUUUUCAAAAGUUUGUCAAGAACUAUAACCCUUCCAAAUACCCAGAAGACCAUUUUCUUGCUGUUCUUUGGAAUACAUUUUUCAAUUGCUUUAUUUCGGUCUCUGAUUGUAAGAUAUUGGGCAACUGCCAAUACAAUUUUUCCUUGGAAUAUUUGCCUGUAGAUCUUUGGCUCAUGGAAAUGACUGAGGAGAGUUACAAUGUAUACAAUUCUAUGUAUGCUGUGGCUCACAGUCUCCAUGAGAUGAUUCUCCAGCAAACACAAUUUUAUUCUCAUCAAAUCUCAGAGAAGAAAGCAUAUCCAUGGGAGCUCAACCAUUUUCUCCAGAAUGUCAAUUUUAAAAGUGGUGAUGGAAGCCAAGUGACUUUGAAUUCACAAGGGAAAUUAGAUGCAGAAUAUGAUAUUUUUAAUUUUGUUAAUUUUCCAAAUGGCCUGAGACAAAAGAUGAAAGUUGGAGUCUUUUCUCCCAAAGCUCCACAGCAGCAUCAACUUUCUUUAUCUGAUGACAUGAUACAAUGGGCUACGGGAUUUACAGAGAUUCCUCAUUCUUUGUGCAGUGAGAGCUGUGUUCCUGGAUUCAGAAAAUCUCUCCAGGAGGGUAAGGCUGCCUGUUGUUAUAAAUGUACUCCUUGUGCUGAAAAUGAGGUUUCCAAUGAAACAGAUGUGGAUAAUUGUGUGAAAUGUCCAGAAAGUCACUAUGCAAACAGAGAGAAGAACCACUGCCUCCAGAAAGCUGAGACAUUUUUGGGUUAUGAAGACCCCUUGGGAAUGGUCCUCACAUGUAUGUCUCUGAGCCUCACUGUAAUCACAGCUGGUGUCCUUGGAGUUUUUGUAAAAUAUCAUAACACUCCCAUUGUAAAGGCCAAUAAUCAGGCUCUAACUUACAUCUUACUCAUCAUUCUGACCUGCUGUUUUGUCUGUCCCUUGCUCUUCAUUGGAUAUCCCAACAAAGUCACAUGUAUCCUACAGCAGAGCAUAUAUGGAGGUCUGUUCACAGUGGCACUUUCCACAGUAUUUGCUAAAACUCUUACUGUGGUUCUUGCAUUCAAAGUCACAAUUCCAGGGCGAAUGAUGAGAUGGUUUAUGUUGUCAAGGGCCCCUAAUUUCAUCAUUCCCAUUUGUACCCUCAUCCAUCUUGUGCUCUGUGGAAUUUGGCUGAGCACUUCUCCUCCCUUUGUAGAUUCAGAUCUACACUCUGAACACGGACACAUCAUCAUUGUGUGCAACAAGGGCUCAGCUAUUGCCUUCUACUGUGUCCUGGGAUACCUCUGCUGCUUAGCACUUGGGAGCUACACUAUGGCCUACUUCUCCAUGAACCUGCCUGACACAUUCAAUGAAGCCAGGUUCUUGGCAUUUAGCAUGUUAGUAUUCUUCAGUGUCUGGGUCACAUUCUUCCCUGUCUACCAUAGCACCAAGGGAAAGGUCAUGGUGGCCAUGGAAAUCUUCUCCAUUUUGGCUUCCAGUUUAGGGCUGCUGGGCUGCAUAUUUGCCCCCAAGUGCUACAUUAUUUUGUUCAGACCAGAUAGGAACUCACUUUACUGCAUCAGAGACAAACCACAUUCUAAGCAACAGGAGCCUAAUAUAUCCUUCUCUGACUUUUCUCAUGUUAUCUCUUACAACUCCUGUUUUACUAAUAUAGAAACAGCAUUCUUCUUUUAA